AUGGGUAUACAUAAAUGUGGUUUAUUGGUGCUUUUUGCUCUUUCAUAUUCAGUAGUUCAGGUAAGAGAUUUGAGCUUAGGUAAAAUACAAAUCAAUCUUGGUCUUCCGCAGAUAUCGUCAAAAUUCGAGUUUACAAAUAUCCGGUGCAAUUCCUUGGACAAACAAUAUUCCGACUUUGAGCAUUGCCUUAUAAAGUCGAUCAAUCGAAGCUACAAGUAUGUGACGAUUAGGGUUAAGUUGUUUAAAACGCCACUAACAAAAGUGAAGGGACGGAUCCUCAAACGAUUCGACGGUUAUAACGGCUACAGACCCUUUAUGGUCAAUAUGACAGUGGAUGCGUGUAGAUUCCUGGAGAAUAUGAAUUCGAACCCGAUAGCCAAUUAUCUUUAUGGUUUCGUUAAGCUCUACACCAACAUGAAUCACAGCUGUCCCUAUGAUCACGAUCUCCUUGUCGACAAACUACCCAUACAGUUCGUUAACUACCAGGUCACAAAGGUUCUGCCCUUUCCAGAAGGCGAUUACGUAUACGAAACUCAUUGGUUUGCCUACGACAUAAAGAGGGCAGUGGUUAAGGUAUACGGAACUAUAUCCUAAUAAAUUUCUAAAUGCCCAUGUAAAACAUUAUUUUAAUUUGAACCUGGGAAUACCUAAUGUGCUCUUCU